GCCUGGGCUCCAGGUCUUUCCGGCGGAGCCGCGAAGGGUUCUCUCGGCGCGCGGACAGAGAUGGCGGCGGCGGCUGGGACGACGGCGCCGGCACCGGCGAAGGAGGUGGUGGAGAAGAAGGUGGAGCUCAUGAAGGAGAUACGCGCGCACGAGGUGGCGAUCGCGGAGCUACAGAACUUGCAUCCCUCCCGGGCGGUGUACCAGAAGGCUGGCAACAUCUUCUUCCGCAAUAGCGUCAAAUCAGUGGUCACGACGGAGCAGAAGCAACUUGACCUGGCCAAGGCUGGGUUGAGGAAGCUGAACCUGGCCUGACGAUGGCAACAACUGCUGGCUCUCGCAACACAAUCAAGCAUGCAGAUUCAAGAACACUUCGCCAUCACCUCGUUGCUCUUGUUGUGCCUUGUGGACCUAAUCCAUGUGUAAUGCUACUCAUUUUUGUUUGAGAACGUGAGAUGCAAAUAUGCAGUUAUGUGCUCUUGAAACUAAUCAGAGGCUAGAUUUUACUUCCACAGUUCCACUAGCUUUUCUGUGGUGUUGGUGUGAUGCCACUAGAAGUUUGCUGGUUGCUGAAAACAGGAACAGGAAACAAAUUAUGUGAGACUGACCAGUGUAGAGGUUGCUUUGGAAAAGGUUGUUUACUGCCUAGUCUGAGCCUCUGAGCUUGGAUGCUGUUGUUUAAGUUCCCUUCGUUUCCAGA